CUAAAUCUCCGGACCCAGUUGACCCAUCGUCGUCGUCGUCGUGGUGGUGGUGGUGGUGGACCCAGUUGACCAGGGGGCCACGCUAAAUCUCCGAACCCACUGGACCCAUUUGACCGAGUUGGAGUGAACUGGGUCAACGGGGCCAAGUGGGGUCGGUCAACUGGGUCAACUGGGACACCCUGUUCAACUGGGUCAACUGGGACCACAGAUUUAGCGGCCCCCUGUGCCGACGCACUCAAGAACUUUCAAAAGUGAGUGAUGCCUUUGUGGAUAUUUGCAGCUAUGAUUAGCGUGGAUGUGGGCCAACAAGUGUUCAACACAACUCAAGAGUUGAUACUUCUUGAGGCAGAGAAGGCCGAGAAACUCUUGAGACGAAUCAAAGACAAUGCCAGCAAACCCAGUGUGCACGACCGGGUCUCUUGGAGCGCCACGACAUGUUUGUUUGGCCAGGAAGACAUCAAGACUUUGCAGACAGAAGUCGAGGCUCGGCUGGGCAGAUUGGAUGACCUGGUCCGAAACAGCAGCAAGAACGUCGAGCUCAUUGCGGAAGUUCUCAGUAGUGUGAAGCAGUGACCGAGCAUGCGCCGGAUAAUCAGCAGCCCGCCAGGGAUGGCAGGGAUGGCAGAUGGGGACGACAGACAUUUUUAAGAUGGGUGGCUAGAUUUUUAAGUUGUCUACCUCAUCAGGGUUGGCAACAGCAUUGCCAGUCUCAGCAUCCCCAUUCUUAUUUUCUUUGGUCUAGAUCCACCUGCUGGCUUCUGGCUAGAAGCGUGGACCCAGCCCAAAGGUGUGCAAAUGUGAAGAGCUGAAUUCAGGGUACACCAAGUGUACCUCUGACCAGCUGGGCAGGACCACAGUUGGUGUCGCAGCAUUCCACAGUUGA